UACAGACAUUGUAAACUUAUAAACUCUCUAUAUAUACGAUACAAGAAUUUGUGAAUUUUAAAGUUACUCUACUCUCUGGUGCUACCUAGUGCAAAAUGGAUCUCCAAGAAGUGAACAUUACUCCGGACAAACCUUUGCUUCAGGACAAGCACUCUAACGAAUCAGAAGAUAAUGUUGUGGAAUGCACAUACACUGCUGCAGGCAACCACUACUCUACCAAGUUACAUGUGGUAGUGCAGGGAAACAGGAGUCUUGGACAUUCCAUUGUUACCUUUCAUGAUGUUGGACUUAACUCUGUCUCCAACUUUGGUGCUCUUAUGAACAGUGAAGCCAUGGAACCCGUGGCUCACAAGUAUUGUGUCUACCACAUCAACGCUCCUGGGCAGGAGGAACAUGCAAGAACUCUUCCAUCUGGGCACCCGUACCCAACUAUGGAGAAUCUUUCCGAUAUGGUCCCGAAGAUCUUCCAAGAAUUUGGGAUUAAAUCGGCAAUCUGUCUCGGCAGUGGAGCGGGUGCAAAUGUCUUCUUAAGAUUUGCUUUCAAGAAUCCAUCGAUGGUUGAAGGAUUGAUUGCUGUGAAUCCAACCAUUUCAACCGUGGGUAAUCUUUCUUGGAUUGGUGAGAAGAUCACCAACUGGACAACACCAUUCAGUGAUCAGAUUAUGAACUAUUACUUCACAAAGUCGGAAGUUGAACUACAGAACCACGAACUGCUCGACACUCAUCGCAUUCAUUUCAAGAAGUUCAUGAAUGAGGAAAAUGUUAUUAACUUCAUGAAAUCAUAUGAAAGACGAAGUGACAUUAACAUUACACGAUCACCUGACCCUCAACAAGUUGACAAGACAACGUUGAAAUGCCAGACGUUGAUUCUCGUUGGUGACCUUUCACCUUUCGUUGAUGAAGCUGUUGAAGUGAAUUCGAGGCUAAACGUCAAAAAAACAACUUUUCUUAAGAUGGCAGAUGCAGGUGGUAUGAUACUUGAAGAACAAAUCUUCAAUGUUGCAGAAGCGAUCACUUAUUUCUUACAAGGACUUGGACAUAGAGUUCCUUUCAAAAUGCGUGGCUCAGUCCCUGGUGUGAUGAUGACACGUCUUGCUCGGUCACGAACAAUCUCUAACAGCUCCACAGGAUCAGCAGACGGAGAUCAUAAACGCAUCCGAACAUUAUCGGGAGGAUCUGCUAACAAAGUAGAAAGUCACGAGUCAGAGAUGAGUUUACAAAUUGAGAAUGAGUCAGCAAAAUAUGUUCCUGAAGAUUUAAAUGAUCCCGCAACAGGGGAAGCCCCUCAGAGAGUGUAAAAGACGAUAUAACUGAAGCAAGACACCGCCCACAAAAAGAUAAAACACAUCUCAUUUCUGGAGCUGUGUGCUGAAAAGUUUGGGCCAACUCUGGGGACUUUUAUUGUUAUGUCACAAGUUCAUAUGUGAAUGGAUGUAAAUAAGUGUUUAAUUGGAGAGCGAUAAUUUGUUUAUUUGUUGUGUUUAUGUCUGAGUUCACUCACAAAUGGCUUCGAUUGUAUAUACUGUCACAAUUGCAGUUACAGCAAAACAGUUUGCCCAACAUGUACAUCAUAAUUACAUCAGUGAUGUCAUCAGUGGUAAUUGUUACAUCACAGUGGGAUUUGUUUAACAUGUGGUGCAGUGUUGAAAUGUUAUUGAAUACUGUGAAAUAAAAUACUCGCGUUCUCACAA